UGUCUCUCUCGUGCGGGCGGCCGACGUCCCGUGUAAGCGACCUCAUGUUCCAGUGUCGUAGUUUUUGUUGCUUCUCACCUGUCCCUCCUAGUCCUGGUCAUUUCAUCUCUUUCGAGUUUAUUCCAAACCAAUAGAUAGAAUUAUAUUGAACAGUAAAUACCUAUCAAUAACUGAAUAAUGAUUACACCGAGAAAAUUUUUCCUUUUAUUCACUUAUGUUGCCCCGCCUUUUACUGCUGAUACAGGUGUUUAGUCACUGCACAGAACAGAUUUGAUGUUAUCCGUUAUCUCCUAUUUUUCAGAUAUUAAAAUCAAAAUGUCUUGGCCUGUUGAAUCUGUGAGACUUUUUACCUCGCCACUAGAAGAUAUCUGUUCUAUUUUGCGUAAAGGCUUGGAAAAAAAUUUCAAAGAAGUGUCAGUGAGUGUUGAAGAGUGUCCUGAUCUUACCAAAGCUCCAUUCAACUUGCCGGCUGCUGGUCUCGCUGGAUCCACUCGCAUUGCUGACGUCGGGGGGCCACCUUAUUUAGUCCCUUUCGCUGACCUCAGCAAAAACUAUGACUUCAACGAGCUGGCGAAGCUCAUUGAUUUGCCUGAUAGUUUCAUAGUCGGCGCUGGAGGAGGGCCGCACGAAAUCGUCGGUAUGAACAGUGAGAUGAUGCCUAACUUGCGUACGGGCACCAACGCAGACAAUAAUUCGAAGGUUAGUAAGUUGUCUGGGGACGGACAUGAGCUUGUCUCCCUUGCCAAGGAUCAAGCAUGCUGUUCGUUGAUGGUAAACCUUUUUGCUUGCGAAGGAGCACCUGGAAAAGUUUUGAAGGUACGUGCUCGUCAACGAAUUGGUGAAGAAAACUUCGUGAGCUGCAUUAGAAAAGCGAUCACUGAAGGAUUUCCGAACAAAGUAGUUGGGCUUGGGGGCAUUUUUCGAAUGCUCUCAGGUGCAGCAAAAUGUCACAUCAUGCCGAAUUUUUCGAAAAUCGCUCUGAACAAUGACGAAGAAGUUUCGAACUGGCUCAAAUACUUUGAGAUGGCUGCACCUAUGAUAUUUUUUAGUGUGAUGGUGUCUUCUGAUCCGGGUUUGGACCUCAGGCUAGAGCAUUCUCAUGGAUACGGUGCAGAGUACGGAGGACAUUACCACUAUGACGUGACGCCCGACACCGUCGAGUACGAAGCAUACUACAACUUGGCUGAGGUGCUCUACCGAGUUGACAAGCCCCAGAACACCCACAAUAUCGGCAAAAAUUGAAAACUGUAAGAAAUUUAUUAUGUUCCAACUUUAUCGACUCAGCUUCAUUCAGAAAUAAUGUGAUGUAACGUGAAAUUUAUUUGAUUACUUUUAUUUUAAUAUAUGUACAUUUCUUUUCGAUCUUACGAUAUCAAUGAAUUACAUUUACUGGAUUAUUACCAAGCAUAAUCAUGCCAAUUUCCCUUACGAUCAUUACAUGGAGCACUAAAAUUAUCAUGAACUUUUCAAUAAGCCUUUAUCUAUUUUAUAGAGGGUUCUCGUGAACUAUGUCCCAUUACUGUAAUGGAGGUAUUAUGGAGCAUUAUCUGUCAGUGAGACUGUCACAAUGUGGUCUAUCUAUCGCGUAAUCUAUUUACUCCUCACUCUAUGUUUACCGGCUCAAUGUGAAAGCACCAUGCUAUUUCUGAAUCGUGGUAAUACCUCAAUAAUAUCUUUUUCACAUCGAAGGUAAACCAUUUGAUGUUUAAUUCUUUCUCACUUUAAUGCCGAUCGUUACAUUUCUUCAUUCAGUCAUUCCUGGAAGAAAAGCUAAAGUUAAAAAAAACGUGGGCUGAUGACUGAAUUUGCGAGUGUGAUAAGUGCUUUAUUAACGUAUUGUGAAAGCAUUUUGUUUUACAUCAGAGAUUGCUUAAAUAUAUUUCGUGGAACCAAAUAAAUUUGUUUCUAUUUAACCUUUAUUAAAUCGUACGCUC